ACGGGAUCGACGACAUAAUUGGCCAGCAGCCCGCGGGCGUCACUGAACGGGCCCCUGUCAGUUGCAGAAAUGUUUAUGUUGUGGUUGCAGUUCCAUCCACUUUUACCCCCUAAUCUGCGUUCUUAACUGCAAUAAAUAACCUUUUGGGAGCUGUUGUUUCUGGCUGCAGGAUAAAUUACAGAAGCUCCAAUGUGACUCCUGGCAGACUGGGAGAAAUGAAAACAUCAUGGCAUCUAAUUAGGUUGACUCUAUAUUGGAGGUUAAGUGUGUAAAUAAUGUCAUACAGUAACAGAGAACUGGUGAAGUUCUACAUAAGCUACAAAUUGUCCCAGACAAACUGUCCAAACUCUCUGCUGAGGUCCGAGGUUGCUGGUGACAGGACCGAGGGAGAGAAGAACACCUCGGCUUCAAGCAAUGGCCCACUGGUAAACAGUAGGGCCGGCCCCCUAAGGAAGCCUUGGGCCCCUCGUGGCAGCAUAGAGGCUGUAAAAUCAGCUCUGAAGAACUCAGCAGAUGAGUUUGAACGUCUCUUCACCCAAAGUUUUAGUCACCUCUCCUUGCAGCUAGACAUCACCCCUGACACAGCCUACCACAGCUUUAAGGCCGUGUUGGACGAGUUGUUCAAGGAUGGGGUCAACUGGGGACGUGUGGUGGGGCUAUUUGCCUUUGGCGGUGUUCUGUGUGUGGACUGUGUCCAGAGGAAUAUGAGCGAGCUGGUCUCCCGCAUUGCAGACUGGAUGACCAUUUACCUAGAUGAGCAGCUCGAUCCCUGGAUCCACAGCCAGGGAGGAUGGGACUGCUUUGCUAAGCUUUAUGGACAAGACGCUGCUGCAGAGGGGCGGAGAUUUCAGGAGACGUUGGACAAAUGGCUGCUAGUUGGUGCGGCUCUGCUAACCGGAGUACUGCUCGCCGUGCUCGUUGCUAAGAAACGAUGAACAAUCUGCAUGUCCGUCAUCAUGGCACAUCAUGUGUAUUGCUAUGCCAACGCAAGUAAAACAAAGUAGUUAUUGUUUACAUUAAGAAAAUAUAAAGCCCGGUCCGCUUGUGCACUGAAUGUGGUUAGGCUACACAGUCGAGCAAAUUGUAGGAGUAUCCACAACUAAUGUAGCUUGGUGAGCUGUAAUACGUCUCACUCUGCUUCUCUGGUUUCUUUUAACAUGCAGCAGUGCAUUUUAGUUGUAAAAGGCUCUUACUGUUCAGACUUGAAGUGCUUUAAAUGAACAUAAGCUAUAAAUGAGACUGAGAAACAUUCAGCUGGUUUGGUGAAUUCGCUUUUUCUUGCCUUCUGUGCAUUAUCCAAGGACCAACUCUUAUGUCUAACAAACUGAAAGCUGACAGAGAAUAUAAGUUCUAUAUUUUUUUUCACUGUGUAACAUUGGAGUCCUUUUGUUGCCUGUACUGGAGUUUUAGGCAUGCUUCAAAAAUAAAAAUAUUUAUGUUUUU